GUAUCUAAAUUAGAAUGUGAAUACAAAACAAUAAAUCCUGACAAGUACCAUGAGGCUUGGAAUGUAUUGUUUUCUGCUAAUAGUAUUUUAGUUCUCGAAAAACUUGGAAUUAGAGGAACGGAGAGUGAAGUAAAAAAAUGGGCAUGA